GCAUAUGAUUAAUUAAUUAGUUGAUGCGCAGCACGUCACGGUUGGAGUUGGAUUAGUGGCCUCCCACCCACAUUCUGCGACGCUUCUUCUACUUCGUCGUCUAUAUAUAUACGCAGCAUUUGCACAUUCUAUUUGUAAACAAAAUGAGAACUUUUCUCUUCACAGUCGCAGCACUGCUACUCCUGUGCGGCGCCACCGCGGAGUCCGACGUCUUCCACGUGACCGGCAGCGUGCUCUGCCAGGAAUGCGGCGAAGGCUGGAAUGAAUGGGUCAAUGGCGCCAACCCUAUCCAAGGGUGCAAAGUGUCGGUGACGUGCUUGGACGAGAGGAGCAGAGUGGUGCAGUACACCAGCGACUUGACCGACGAGGCCGGAAACUUCGAGGUGGCUUGUAAGAAAUACGUGAAUGGCAAGAAGCUGAAUCCGCACAACUGCUACUUGAGGCUGGUGUCGUCGCCGCACCCCGUCUGCAACGUGGCCACCAACUUCGCCGGCGGCAAGAGCGGGGUCAAUCUCCACCGCCCAAACGUCGUCUACAGAGACAUAAUAAAGUACGCGCUGGGCCCCUUCUACUACACCACUCCCAUGUGCGAUGAACCUGAUACCACCGAUCAACAAACUUCCGAUGAUUCCAAGCAGAACAACUAUUAGAUUUUUUGCAUUUUCAUUUCCUCAUUGUUCAUUGCCCAUUCAUAUAAUUUGAAAUUCAUUACUAUACAAUGUUUUCCCCCUCCCCAACUCCCCCAAGUCCAAAAAAAAUUACGGGUUCCUAAUGUGCUUAAUCAUGUUCGUUUUGUUAGGGAAAAAAAAAAAUACUAUAUGAACUUUAAUAUUGCAGUAAAUUUAUUAUUGAUUUAA